CCUACCCUUAAUAAAUACAACAAUUGCUUUUGAGCUCAAGAGCCUGAUCAAGUCGACCUUGUUCUGCAAAAUAUGGAUGCUUCCCAGCUUCAUGAUUUCAACCCUGGCAAAGUGCUCCGAUGUCUGCGGCCGAGGGCAUGUUUCGUUUCCUGCGAUUAGAAGCAGAACAGCGUCCAUGACAAGAUCGAAAAGAAUGCGCGAGGACGAGAUCAUCUGCAAGACAUAGCAAAGGUGGUGAGGCGCAAUUUGGUGUACGGAUCGACAGUAAACAAGGGAGUUAGGAUAGUGAAGUCGACGAGAAACAAGGCUUGGGCGCUUUAGUUGCACAGCCUGUUAGAAGCUGUGAAGCGAACCCGUCAAAAUCCCAGGGCACUUUUGACUUAGCGCUCUUUGUGUCUUGGUAUCAACAUGUCGUGACUUGCAGAGGAACAUAUCGUUGUAAGUGAUGAUUUUGGACUUUACCAGAUGAAAGCUGAAACGGAGCUCCGCCUAGAUGUCUUCACCCAUUGUUGGAAGACAGGAGAUCUCGAGGAUAAAGCCUCACCGGAAUUUUGAGGGACACACCAAAUGGGUCCGCGGCGCCAUACAUCUACCAGGCGGAGAACAGAUAAUGACCUGUUCGUCAGAUGGCUCGCUGCGGGUAUGGAACUUGAAGAGUGGGAAACAGAUAGGAGAAGACUGGCGGGACGGUGAUAGUCCAGUGUGGACCAUGGCGUUGUCUCCGGACGGGAAGAAAGUGGUCAGCGGGAGCGAGGAUGGCAGAGUGAGGUUGUGGGACAUGGACACAGGCAAAAUCAUCGUGAAAUGGAUGGGGCAUACAAGACCAGUGAUUUCUGUCUGCUGGAGUCGAGACGGUCGGCGAGUCUUGAGCGGAUCUGACGAUGGGACUGCAAGACAAUGGGAUGUAGAGAGCGGAGAGGCAUACCUCGCACCAAUCAAGACGACAUGGCACCAACACGUGUUGGCAGUGGUCUACUCGCCAGACAUGACCAUGUUUGCAACUGGUGAAGCCAAACGAGCUUUCAUCAAAACUUGGGAUGCCAAGACAGGCGAGCUUGUUGCUACUCUUGAAGCAGCUGAUUCGGUGUGGUGCCUGGCUUGGACUCAAGAUGGAAAGACGCUUAUAUCAGGGCUCCGCGAUGGCUCGAUUAGGACAUGGAGUACUACAACUUGGAAACAGAUCGCAGUGUUGGAUGGUCACACUGACCCUGUCGAAUCCAUUGCAAUAUCUCCGAAUGGCCGCAUACUCGCAAGUGCAUCCUUUGACAAGACAGCACGAUUAUGGAACAUGGACAACAACCAACACAUUGGUUCGCCCCUCCAGCACCCAGAUUACGGGAGUUCUGUAUCGUUUUCAGCAGAUGGAAAGCUACUAGCCACUGGCUGCUUCGACAAUAAUGCGUAUACAUGGGACGUUUGUGGGAUACUAAAAGAAGCUGGCCUUAGCGAACUUCUGUUGGACAAGCCGCCGGUCUUUGCUGUACGUGACACUUUAUCAUCAGGUCCUACCCCAUCGCAAUUGAACCUAUUCCUUCUAGGCUAAUGCUACACCACGUCCAGUCCGUCAGCAAAUCAUCGUCCCCCAGCGCCGGGUGCCUCAUGGUUUUUUUGAUGACUUACCAGAUCGGGCUCACCACGCAUCGCAUGCAAGCACCCUUCGUGACCGGUUUUCCUCUUUAUUCCACACCGACGCCCACAAU